CGCUUCCCCCCCGCCCCGUGGGGGCAGCGCUCUCCGGUGGCGGGGGGGCCGGCCCGCCGGUGCAGCGGCCGCCCCCGGGGCGCUGAGGCCGCUGUUGCCCGGAGGGGCCUGUGCGCGGGGCGCGGCGGGCGGGCGGGCGGCGUUUGCACCGCGGGGCCCCCGGAAAGUCCGCCCCCGCGGGGAGGAGGCGCGCAGCUCCCGUUAGCGCGGCGUCCCGGUGUUGCGGGCAGCUGCUCCGGCAGACGGACGAGUUCGUCGUGGCCAGGGACACGUUUCUGAAGACUAAUCUGAGGGUGUCUCUUUGCUUGUAGGAAAUAAACGGCUUCUGAUGCGAGGAAGACGAUGAAAUUUGGUUGCCUUUCCUUCCGACAGCCCUAUGCAGGAUUAAUUUUAAACAAAGUCAAGACAGUAGAGACCCGCUGGCGUCCUUUGCUAGCAAAGUACAAGAACUGUACUAUUGCUAUUCAUAUAGCUAUUAAGGACUGGGAAGAUGAAACAUGGAAAGCAAUUCUUUUGGAUAGGUUUGGUAUGACACGAGAAGAAGUGCAAGGUUUGUUGGAUAAAGGGGAAAAAUUUGGCAGAGGAGUUAUUGCAGGAUUGAUUGACAUUGGAGAGACAUCACUAUAUCCAGAAAACUUGCCUCCUGAAAAGAUUCUGGAGCUGGAGAACAGAGCUGUCCUCAGUAAUCUAGAACAGAAAUACUUGACUCUUGUUUCAAAUCCAAGGUGGCUCCUGGAACCGAUUCCCGCCAGAGGGAGAAGAGGUGUGUGGCAGGUGGACAUCCCUGAAGAACUGAUCCCUUCGGAAGCACAAGUAUGAAACCCAGGCACUUGUGGCAACUUUUGAGGACUAUGGAUACCAUAAUGUCAGAGACUAGAAUGCAACAUGAAUAUCACCAAAAUAAUAUUCUAAGUAAACAGAGACUCACCCAGGUAUUACGUAUGUUCUAUUUUCUUUCUAAAAUAAAUUAUCACCCAGUUAAAAAGCCCAGUAAUUUGCAAUGAAAUGGCUGAAAAAACUAAUCUCCGAUGGAAAUUUAGGAGUUCAACUCCCAUGUUAAUAAGAUCACUGUUGCUACUUUGUAUCACACCUGGACUGCCUCACUACCUGUGAACUGCUGGCUCGCCCUUCCACUGCAUACCCUGCAAAGCUAUGUAGGCUAUAUUCACAGCUUCAGGGGCAUCUUCAGUAGGAAUAUGACUAAACACAUGUCCCUUUGCCAAAAAUUUCUAUGUAUAUACUCCAAAAAAGUUAGUGUCUCCCAUAAACAAAGGAAGAUCUGAAAAGAGUUUUUGAAGUUCCCACCGAGGCUGCAACUAUGUGACUAGAAGCUGUUUUAAAUGUUAAUUUGUCUGACCCAACAAAAUGGAUCCUUCUUAAAUAUCUCUCUCACAAUUCAUCUUUGUCCAGCUUCCAUGUUUCUGUAUCACCCAAAGCACCUUCUAAAAAGAUGUGCAUGCAGAUAUUUUCAGAAGCCAUUUAUUCUGUCUGUAUUCAAGCACUUGAAGUUAGAAGGCACUCAACUGCUUGAACAGAAGAAAGCAAACAGAAAAGAACACCUAGCACAGUCAAAGAACAGCAGAUUUAUUUGUAAUUUCUGGCAAUGUGCCAGAAAGUUUCCUUGAACUCUUUGUCCAGUAAGUGUAUUUGUUCUGUAGAAAAUAAAUAAUGCUUUUUAAUUUGAUUUAUGGAGCUAAUUGUAAAUUGAGAAAGCAAGACUUAUCACAGCAACACGCUUGAUUUUCAAAUGUCAUUACCUUCAUUAAUACUGGUAAACUAAGGGCAAAGUUUUCCAGCAAAUUUUCUUCUGUACAGAAACUGUGAUAUAGACAUGAAGCUAUAUACAUUAAAUCAGAAAAACUUCCAGCAUAUUAGCUAUUACAUACCACUAUACAGUUACUAUGAUAUACCAUUACGAAAAGCAGUAUGAUUGACUGCAAACAAAUACUGGAAGCUAAUGCUCACACUCUACCUUAUAUUUUCAUGUUGUUUAUUUAAAAAAUGAACAGUGCAUAUGUUCUUACAUAAGACCUGUCAUAUACACAUCUGUUAUGAAAACAUACUGAAACUUGCAUAAGAGAAAAUUUAGCAUGUAUGCAUUUCAUUCUUGAAUAGCACUCUGAUAUACAGCUGCAUUUUUACCACCGAGCUAUACACACUGAGAAACCUCAUUAAAAUAUUUCUCAGACACAGGAAAACUCUACUAUAAGUAACCAAUGAACUAUGACUACUGAUUAUUUAUAAUGCCAAAACUUUUGACAAGGAUAGUAACAUCAGUGAUGUGUUACAAACUAGAAAUGUACUCUACUUGUGGGGCAUGUGUGAGGUAUGUGUAAAAAAAAAAAAAAAAAAAAAAAAAAAGAUUCACAUUUUCAGAAAAUUGUUCAGGAAACACAGUGUUGCAACAAAUCUGGAAAUAAGAGAAUCAUCUAAAGAAACUGGAGAUAUAUUUACUAAAACACUUAUGACAGUAAUUUCUCACAAUAUAUACAAGGAAAUACGUAACAGCAAGGUAAAAUGCAAGUAUUUUAGUUCAUCCAAAACUUAGAAGUUCUUUAUUUGGGUAUAAGAGUAAUAUGAAGCUGGUUUUCCAUCAUGCACUGAGUUUUUGUGAAUUAGAAUAUUCGAAUGAGAGACAGAGUAAAAUUAAGGGAAAGGUGGCAAACUGUAGAAGGUUGAUAGAAGUCCUUAAGGUGAAAUUGCUGCCAAAAGGAUAGAGAGUCACAGCAUCACACUUCACAUUGUCUGAGGUUCUAAAAAUGCAGGGAAAUGCAAUGGAUGUUCGUAUGUCAACGUAUCCCAGCUUCUCACGAAUGUUUUCUAUUAAAUAGUGACCACUCAAA